AUGACUAACACCAGGGGCAAGAGGAGGGGGACCCGGUACAUGUUCAGCAGACAGUUCCGAAAGCAUGGCCCCAUUCCCCUGUCCACGUACAUGCGCAUCUACAGGAAGGGUGACAUAGUUGACAUUAAGGGCACAGGAACCAUUCAGAAGGGUAUGCCUCAUAAGUGCUACCAUGGCAAGACAGGACGUGUUUACAAUGUAACCCAGCAUGCUGUUGGUAUCAUUGUCAACAAGCAAGUAAAGGGUAAAAUCCUGGCCAAGAGGAUUAAUGUUCGCAUUGAGCACGUCAAGCACUCAAAGAGCAGAGACAGUUUCAUUCAGCGUGUCAAAGAGAAUGAGGCGAAGAAACUGGAAGCCAAACAGAAGGGCACCUGGGUGGAGCUCAAGCGCCAGCCUGCGCCUCCUCGUGAUGCUCACUUUGUCAGCACCAAGAAGAACGAGCCCCAGCUGUUGGAGCCCAUCCCAUACGAGUUCAUGGCAUAA